CAAGCGAGCGAGCAAGCGAGCGAGCGAGCGCUCACCUUCUCAAUGAGUGUGCGAGCGCGCGUGGAGAUUGCAGCUAUUACGUUGGGAAGGUCCCUGCUGUCUUUUACCUAUCGGCGAGGACCUGCCGCUCCAAACAAACAAAAUGACCCCGAGGCUACUUUUUUGCACAUUGCUGCUUUUUGUCCACGCAGCUCCCGUGUGCCGUGGAUUCAACGUGGACGAGCGUUUCCCGGUGAUCAAAGAGGGGAAAACCAAAGGGAGCUUCUUUGGAUUGUCUGUAGCCAUGCAUGAACAGACGGAGGGCUCCAGGAAAUACCUGCUUCUCGCAGGAGCACCCAAAGAGAAAUCCUUAUCGCUGACAAAUGUCAAUGAAACAGGUGCUGUCUACUCCUGCCCCAUAACUACAGACGCCUCGGAUUGUUCCAGAAUGGACCUGGUCAGCUCGACUGACCCGUCGGAGAUGGUGGAGGGCAUGUGGCUCGGCGUGACCGUGGCCAGCCAGAGAGUCCAGUCGUCCGGACGCGUACUGGCUUGCGGCCAUCGCUACAUCAAGAUCUUCGGAAGUGGCUCAGGGGAGCAGCGGCGGAUGAUCGGAAAGUGCUACGUGAGGAGCAACGACCUGACCUUUGACCCCAAUGACGACUGGCAGACUCACACCUACGAGGUGUGCGACCCCACCUCCGAAAUGAAAGACGAAGGCAUGUGCAACAUGGGCAUCUCGGGCGGCAUGACGGAAGACGAGCUCUACUUGGGCAGCCCGGGUAGCUACUUGUGGCAAGGAAAUGUACAUGUGAUAUGGAGAAAUCCUGAUCCUGCCAAUUCAUGGGACUCCAUCGAAAAAGACUUUGGCUCUCUGAAAAAACAAUAUAAUCUGAAAAAACAAUAUAAACUCUACUAUAUGGGUUAUUCCGUCCUUGAAGAGAAGCGCCUGCUGAGUAUUAACGACUACACAGUGGUGACGGGAUCCCCCAGGUAUGAGUCCAAGGGUUCCGUGGUUCUCGGGGUGAAGACUGACAACAACAUCGAGACGGCGCUCAUCAUCCCUGGUGAACAAGUGGGCUCGUAUUUUGGGAGCAGUCUGGCUGUCGCCGAUCUCAAUAACGACAAUUGGAACGACUUAAUUGUUGGUGCCCCGUUUUACUUUGACCGCAUGAAGGAUGAAGGAGGAGCCGUUUAUAUCUACAUGAAUGAGAAUGGCUCCUUCCAGAACGUUUCUACUAUGGUGCUUAAGGGCCCCGCAUCCUCCGCAUUUGGCAACGCAGUGGCCGCCAUUGGUGACAUCAACCAGGACGGAUUCCAAGACUUUGCCGUGGGAGCUCCAUUCCACGGCACGGGCAAGGUUUAUAUCUGGAUGGGAAGUAAAGAGGGAGUCUCGGCACAACCCAGCCAGGUGAUCGAGGGCAAGUCGGUGGCUGACGGAGGAUUCCAAACGUUUGGCUACUCCAUCAAUGGAGGCAUGGACAUGGAUGACAACAGCUACCCUGACAUUUUGGUGGGCUCCCUGGACGACCGCAUCGCCCUGCUAAGGACUCGGCCUGUCGUCCACUUAACUAAGGACUUCAAUGUGGAGCCAAAGAUUGUGGAUCCUAAUCAGUGCCAAGGGAGUUCACCAUGCAUCGUGGCCACUAUCUGCGUGUCUUUCACCUUAAGUAACGGCAACAGAAACUUCAAGAAAAACAUCGUGGUGAAGUACACAGUGGAGGCCGACAUUGAUAGGAGAAGGAGCCCCCGGGUUCGUUUCCAGGAAAGCGGUGGUGACACGUAUACGGGCCUGUUGACCCUGCCAGACUCACAAAUUCAGUGUCAUGAACUCAGCUUGAAUGUUGUGGCCCCUGUGAGGGACAAACUGGAGCCAGUGGUCUUUUCCCUCAACAUGUCCUUAGAUGAACAAAAACCCAAAACAAGACGCGCCAUUCAGAACCUGGACUCAUUUGCCAUUCUCAGUCAAGGCCAGAAACUCACCCAAAGAAGUGAAAUUAACUUCCAGAAGGAGUGCGGCUCCGACAACAAGUGCACCAGCAACCUGCAGCUGACGGCCCAUUUUGCAGACAAUAAGAAAAACCCCUUUCCACGGAAGGACAAAUCCCAAAUCCUCCAGUUUAACAGCAGUAUGAAGAUAAUAAAGCUGAUUGUGGAGGUGACUAACUUUCCCACAAGAGGGAAGCUAGCUGAGGACGCCCACCAGGCCAUGCUCAACGUCACCAUCCCCGAAGCGCUCAAAUACUCUGCCGUCAGGUCCCAGGAUCAUGUUGAAUGUCACUAUGACGUCACCGUCCUUUGUGAAUUGGGUAAUCCACUCAAAGGCAAGGAAAAGGUAUCACUCGUCUUGUGGUUGGAGACGUUAGGCAUAGAUUUGUACACGCAGGAGAUCCAAAUUCAGCUGCUGCUGUCGACUCUCAGUGAGCAGAACGACCUGUUUCCUGUGCCAGUCAGCCUGCUGAUUGAGAAUACCAUCCUCCCCUCCUUCUCCAUUGCAAAUGCGCUCAUCCAGACUAAAUUUGGCGGCACGGUGAUGGGCGAGUCGGCCAUGGUGAAUAGCAGCAACGUGGGAAGUCUACUGGAGUUCACCUUCAAUGUUAACAUGAGGGGGCUUCCCUUAGGGGACUUGGGGACCCUGGCUGUGGAGUUUGAGUGGCCCUUUGAGGCAUCCAACGGGAAGUGGCUCUUGUACCUGACUCAGAUUACCAUUCAGGCUCAGUCCCAGAGCGAAUGUCGACCGCCUGGAGACGUCAUCAACCCGUUGAACUUAACUUUGUCAGAAAAUGCAACGAAACGCGUCAAAAGGCAGAUUGAGCCGGACGAGCAGACGGUUGAGCCGCAAGCGACCCUCUCGCUGCUCACGCCGCGAAAACAAUCGGACCUGUUGGAAUGCUCCAAGGGCACGGCGAGAUGCGUGACCUUUACGUGUCCUUUGUUGAACAUGACCAACACAGCCGAGAUUCACGUCCGUGCUCGAUUGUGGAACAGCACCAUGCUGGAGGACUUUGCCAAUGCUUUGUGGAUCAAAGUUGUAGGUAAAGCCACACUGAAACUCAUGACGGACACCCCCACCCUGAAAAUGGAAAGGCAGAGCACUCUGUUCACGGUGGAUAUCGAACCGGAGGCUCGGGUGGAGACUCCUGAUGAACUUCCUCUAUGGAUCAUCAUCUCUGCCAUCGUAGCGGGCGUUCUACUUCUAGGAAUCAUCAUUCUUAUACUUUGGAAGUGUGGCUUCUUCCAGAGGGCCAGCAGGAGGGAGAUGUAUGAGGCCAAAGCCCAGAAGGCUGAGAUGAAGAUCCAGCCCUCUGAGACAGAGAGGCUGACUGAGGACUACUGAGACCCACUAUGGGUCCACAACUGCACACACCAGUGGGGCUUUUGGCUUGAAUUCUUCAAGCGAUCCCUCUACUACCGGAUAAUGCCAAAGUACCGCGGGGUGAAACUUCGCAAGGCCGAUCGCUAUCAGUUCAACGGGAGAUUUCAGCCAGAGGAGCUACACCCAAAGUAUUGGGUCACCAACUGGACGGAGACGCAACGUUUCUACUACUGACUGGCACACGGGCCAAAGAACACUGGACCCGGUCUGGAGGAAGUUUGGAUAAAAAAAAAAAAAAAAUCGUGAUUUUGUCAAUUUCUCCGUGCAAUAUAUGGAACAUUCUUGCCUCAGAGAUUGUAAUUGUUUCGUAUUCUUACUGACUGCAGUGUUCCAAAUUGAAUAUUGCCGCUUGUUUUGAUGUUCAGGAUUUGGUGUGGUAGUUUUCUUAUUCUUUUUAUUUCCCCGUGGUGACUUUUUUUUUUUUUUUUCUCACUGAAGCCGUGACUUUUUUUCCCAUGAUUUUAAACACAAUAGUGCCUCGAGAUACAAGCGACCUGAAUGCCACAUCAGACCGAGCGGCGAUACUAAUGUGUUGGAUUCUCUCCAAGGCCUUGACUUGAUGAUUAUUUAUUAUCGUUUUGUGUGAACAUUGCAGAUCACUUUAGGAUGAUCUCACACAGGGAGUCACAACACUGGAUUCCGCAAAGCUCCAUGUUGUGAAGAACCAGACAAUGCUAAAAUGUUUCAUUGACUAUUUGAAUGAACUUAUAGUGUACACUCACUGGGCACUUCUUAUUUUAAUACAAGGGAAAUUAUA